CGCCGCCAUGAACCCCCUGACGAAGGUGAAGCUGAUCAAUGAGCUGAACGCGCGGGAGGCGGAGCUGGGCGUGCAGGAGGCGGUGUCGUGGCACGCGGAGUACAAGGACAGCGCUUGGAUCUUUGUGGGCGGGCUGCACUACGAGCUGACGGAGGGCGAUGUCAUCUGCGUGUUCUCGCAGUACGGGGAGAUCGUCAACAUCAACCUCGUGCGGGACAAGAAGACCGGCAAGUCCAAGGGCUUUUGCUUCCUGUGCUAUGAGGACCAGAGGAGCACCAUCCUGGCUGUGGAUAACUUCAAUGGGAUCAAGAUCAAGGGCCGGACCAUCCGCGUGGACCAUGUGGCCAACUACCGGCCCCCCAAGGAGUCCGAGGACUGGGAUGAGGUGACCAGAGCCCUCCAUGCCAAGGGCUGCGGCGUCAAAACGCCACCUCACACCUCGUCCGACUCCCCGUCUGAGGAUGAGGAUGUGCCCGUGAAGAAGCAGAAAGAGAAGCAGCGGAGCAGAGCAGAGCGGUCAAAGUCGAGCCCACAGGCUGGGAAGCGGGUGAGCACGGAGGAGCCCCAUGCCAGGAUCAGGAUCAAGAAGGAGAAGGAGGACCCCGGGUACGAGCGCUACGCUGGCGGGAACGGCGACAGGAACGCCGGCAGCAGGACACAGCGGGAGGAGGAGCAGCGGCGGCACCAGCGGCACUCGGACAGGAGGGGGGACAAGAACUGCCACCAGCAGAGGGGCCACAGCGGCUCCUGGGAGGAGCGGGAGAGGAAGGACGAGGCUGGCAGGAGGGGAGACGGGCACAGCAGUCGGCAAGACACGUCCCCCAGGGGCAGCAAGUCCCGGGAGCCGCACUCCAGGCACAGGGAGCGGGGCUCUGGCAGAGACUCCGGCCGCUGCUGAGCCCUUUGGGGUGAGGGAGGCCCUGGGCCUGCUCUGAGCUCCUGGGAUGCCACGGCUGGACCUUUCACCUGGGAGCUUCCCCUUGCCUCUCAUCCCACCCUGGGCCGGGGCUCUCCACGCUGCCCAUGCUGCUGGCUGGGACAGGGGUUUGUCCUUCGACCGGGGAGGGUGUCAAGUGGAGAAGGCUGGGAGCAGCAGGAUGCUCCUCUUCCCUAAAUCCUUGGGGCGGUGUCCUCCUCUUGCACUGGGGGCAGAGGCUGCUGGGUGUCUUGUCUGGCCUCCUGGGCCAGGUUUGGGCCCUGUGCCCACCCAGCAUCUUCUGGAUUCCAUGAUGUAUCCACUGGGCUGCACCGCCGUGUCGGGGUGAUUUAUCAUGGAUUUGUUUAAAGGUUUCUUAAUAAAAGUUCCUGUGGCGGGAGCAGUGUACGUGUCUGUAGGCCAGGG